AUGUCCAAACGCAGCCUGCUCACCCACAUCACGCCCCUCCCGCCCUCCAUCUCCCGCCAGACAGCCAUCGCCCAGCUCCAUGACCACGCCUCCAUGAUUAAACUCAACCCUCUCGUCCUCCGCCACGAAGAGUGCCCUCCCCCCAAAGCCGCCUCCCCGGACGAAGCCGCCCACGCCAUCUGGUACCAGAUCACAGACCAGAUCACCUACCUCCCCUACAUCCCCGGCAUGAAGGGCGAGGUCGUCUACAAAGCCUGCUUCUACAAUCUCCCCAACGGCCUGCAGACCCACACCUUCGCACCCGCCGGCGUCGAUAUCCGCGGGAAAUGGACCGUGCGAGGCAACAUGCCCGGGGAACCGAGAGAGGAGCGGGAACUGGGCGAGGUCGACGUCCCGAGGGAGGGCUUGUAUGUUCGGGAAGAGGUGGAUCUGAGCUGUAGUAUCUUCAUGAGUGCCUUUAUCCGGAGGAGUAUCAAGAAGGCGCAUGGCGAGAUGGCGGAGAAGCUGAUUGCCCGGGCGAAGGAGAUGCAGGAGUCGGGCCAGUUUCCCACCGCUACCGAGGCCGCCGGUCGCUCUCAGAGUCAGGCGCCUGUCGCUACUGGACAGCCUCAGACCACUGUCGCCGGGACUGGUGGAGAGAGGGGUGGUGGAGGUGAACAGGAUGGCAGCUUGCAGCAGCAUGGCUUGGCUCUGAAUCACAGAACCACGCUGCAUCAUUCCUACGUUCCGCACUGUGCUUGCGAGGGAACGGCGCACGGCAGGAGUUGUCCUCUCUUCACACCUUCCGAUACGUAUCGACAGAGCUAUUUCGACCCACAGUUGAAGCCCGGCAUUCACCCCACGCCUUUCUACCCGCCAUCUGUGCCUUCUUCGCUGUCGCAUUCGCAGUCUUCUUCGGCAUCCCAUUCGUUCGAGCGAGGCCAUCCACAGGAACUGUAUGGCUCAGCCGGGAUGAACCAAUGUCUCUGCACAGGAGGACUGCAUGAGGAUGGAUGCGCAUUCUAUCCCGGGCUCAGACUGCCGGGUUUGACGCCCUCGUCCCUGCCUGCUACGCCCUCGGCUUCAUCUGCCUUGCAGUCGCGGCCGAUGAGUCCAUUGCCUCCACCACAGCCUCGACACUCCGAGGACAUCUUGAGCAGCGGCCUCGGGCAGGAUUGGAUUCCGCAAGGUCAUGUUGCGCUUGCCGAGCUUUCUGCGAAUCGAGCCUCUUUGGAUGUCGAGAGCCGCGGCCCGCUUACGCCACACUUCUCGAGGCCAUUCCGAAAUGGCUGA